CCAAUCACUGCCGCUUUGUUGAGUUUUACUUCAUCUGUUGUUGAACGCGUGAACUUCCGUACUUUCGAGUUUUCCUGCUGUUUGACGCAUUAAAAAUGGGCGCUUGUAUGGCUUUGUGCUCUCUGGCAAGCUGCGCAUCUUGUCUGUGUGGCUCUGCUCCAUGCCUGAUAUCAGGAUGUUGCCCCUCCACUUUCAACUCCACCAUCACUCGCCUGGCUUUCACCUUCUUCCUACUGCUUGGCACCCUCGUGUCCAUCAUCAUGAUACUGCCUGGAAUGGAGACUCACCUGGAACAGAUACCUGGAUUUUGUGAAAAAGGCAUGUCCAUACCUGGCUUUGAAGGAAAGGUAAAUUGUGAUGUUAUUGUUGGUUAUAAGUCUGUGUACAGGAUGUGUUUCGCUUUGGCCUGCUUUUUCUUCCUGUUCUCCAUCAUCAUGAUCCGAGUGCGCAGCAGCAAAGACCCACGGGCCUCCAUUCAGAACGGAUUCUGGUUCUUUAAGUUCCUAAUACUGGUUGGAAUAACUGUAGGAGCAUUCUUCAUCCCAGAUGGCACAUUUAACAGCGUGUGGUACUAUUUUGGUGCAGUUGGCUCCUUUAUCUUCAUCCUGAUGCAGCUGAUUUUGCUGGUGGACUUUGCUCACACGUGGAACCAGAGUUGGGUGGAAAAGGCAGAGAAUGGUAACAGCAAGUGCUGGUAUGCAGCUCUGUUGUCCUUUACAUUUUUCCACUAUGCAUGCGCCUUUGCUGCAAUGGUGAUGUUUUACGUGUUCUACACACAGCCAGAUGACUGCACUGAACACAAAGUUUUCAUCAGCCUGAACUUUAUCUUCUGCAUCAUAGUGUCUGUCGUCUCAAUUCUCCCUAAAGUACAGGAAGCUCAGCCUGGCUCAGGUCUGCUGCAGUCCUCUCUCAUCUCUCUGUAUACCAUGUAUCUCACCUGGUCUGCUAUGAGCAACAACCCCAACCGGAAAUGUAACCCCAGCCUGCUACAGCUGGUCACCAACAACCCCACCACCACGACUGCCCCGACCCCCACCAUCCCCCCUGGGCAAGUCCAGUGGUGGGAUGCACAAGGAAUAGUGGGAUUGCUCCUCUUCCUCUUUUGCACACUGUAUGCCAGCAUCCGGUCGUCUAAUAACUCUCAGGUGAAUAAGUUGAUGCAGACGGAGGAGAGGCAGGAAUUGGCGGUGGACAAGGAUGCAGAAGUGGGGGAUGAUGGAGUGAAACGUGCUGUGGAUAAUGAAGAGGAUGGAGUGACCUACAGUUACUCUUUCUUCCACUUCUGCCUUAUCCUGGCUUCUCUUUACAUCAUGAUGAACCUAACCAACUGGUAUCAGCCUGACACGGAUUACAAGUCGAUGCAGAGCACUAUGCCUGCAGUGUGGGUGAAGAUCAGCUCGAGCUGGCUGGCCUUGGCGCUAUACCUCUGGACUCUUGUGGCUCCUCUGAUCCUCAGCAACCGAGACUUCAGCUAAACAGCAAAGAAAUCAUUCUACCACAGGUUCUUGUCCAUUUGACCUUAUCCAUGUGGUUAAGUAAAACUUACACCUAGCAUCUUUCUUGCUUUUAACAAGAAUGUUUUUAGGAAGGAAAUUCAUAACUAUACUAUACCUGAAUCAAACAUAUAAUCUGAUAAAAAAAAUGUACACUACAGGCCUACUUUUUGAUGAGAAUCAACUGACAGGGUCAUUUGGCUCAAUAUUAGCCGUAUUGUGAGAUUUCUUUCUAAGACAAUGAGAAUGCAUCCAAAGCAGAAUCCAAGGAAGUCAAAAUCAAUAAACUGAUUUCCUCCCUUGCCUCAAAUGUGCUGUCUAAUAUUCACUAUACUCUGAGUUGUUUAUUAUUCAAAUGUCUGUGAAGUGUUGAGAAAGACACUAAGCUUGUUAUUAUACAAAACAACCUGUAAUUAUAGCGUAUAUGAUAUGUAAGAGCUAAAACAAUCAUGCUGUAAACAGUGCAACUUUUCAUUGUUUUCACUCUGCACAGUAAUGUCAAAUCAGACUUGCUGUAUGGUGUUGGUAAAAUCUUCCUCUGUUGAUUUUUAAGAGAUGUCUUUGUAGUACACAUUGACCAAAGAAAAAGCAAGUGCUUUUAUACUGAACUUUUGACUUUGAAGGAACUGUGUGUUUUAAACUGAUUUUACUUGUAUUUUGCACAUUUUGUCUUGCAGAAAAUAUAAUUAAAGCUUCUCACUGUG